UGGUUUUGGACUGGGCCCACCUGCUGAAAGGGGGGCAGGUAUUGAAGUGUUCAUUGGGAAGCGCUUUGUGAAUGGAUCACAGGUGGUUUCUGUUUGAAAUGUUAAUGUUGUUUGAAAUCACGGCGGUUUACAGACGGCAGCGUUGGAUGAGUUUUAAUAUAAUUGGGCUGUUUUAAUUCAUGUGGAGUUUUCUGCCAGCUGUGGCUGCAUUACCUUUAGGGAUUUGAAUAAUAAUCAUUUAUUUGCUGAAUUGCAACUUGACGCAGUUGACACAAAAUGGAGAUUGUACUGCAUUGUGGCAACCAGCAGAGGCGUUGUAGAUUCACUCUCAACUAGUUUGUAAUAUAAACGUAAUAACGACUUUAGCAAUGUGGUUUGUUGCAUAGCAUUUAUUGCUUAAUUAUAAACCAAUUGUUGUGGGGGGGAGGGAUUAUUCUUAGAUCAAGAUAUUCAAUACAGUGCGAAAGUCUCACACUAUUCGAUUUGUUGUUUUAUCAAUUCUAUUAUGACCAAAGAGGAUACAAGUACAUUGUCGCUGAGUGGAGUGCAGACGGUUAGUGUCGCGUUUGUUUGGUUUUUCCAUGUUUGUUAGCAGGUUACUUCCUGGUUCAUGAAGGAUGACUAACAGAAGGGUGGUUGGUGCCAUUCUGAUACUGAAAGGUGCACCAUUCUACUGAUGCCACAUUUGUUUUAUGUAGAUCAUAAUUCCGCAAAUUUCAUACACGCAGUCACGGAACCCUUCAUAAUUACAAUACUAAAAUAUGUUUUAUUUCAAAUCAGGUAUUUAUUAAUACACAAAAUGAACCACGCAUUAGUUGCACAAAGUCACUGUUCAAAUAACAAAACCAGCAAAACAUGAAUUUCUCAACAAAAGAAAACAAGUCACAAUCCUUGUGGAAUCCUUGUGUGAAACCAAAAUAACAAGGAUGCCAGACUGUAUAUGGUUUCACACGUCACAACAAGGGACAUGGGAAUAACCUUUCAUAGGCACAUUCAGGACCCCGCCACCCAGCGGCUAACAUGGAACACCCCCCCCAAGAGUGUCCUGGUAAUUAAGAAGAUCCGAGACGCCACCCUGCUUCAGCCUUUCAAGGAGCUCUGCAUGUUCCUCACUGAGGUCAAAAACAUGAUUGUUUAUGUGGAGAAGAAGGUUCUAGAGGACCCAGCUAUUUCUGGUGAUGACAACUUUGGAACUCUCACCAAGAAGUUCUGCACUUUCAGAGAAGAUCUUGAUGACAUAUCCAACCGUGUGGACUUCAUCAUCUGUCUCGGUGGAGAUGGAACUUUGCUCUAUGCGUCGUCACUCUUCCAGGAGAGCGUUCCACCAGUGAUGGCCUUCCAUCUGGGCUCUCUCGGCUUCCUGACUCCUUUCAAGUUUGACACCUAUCAGUCUCAGGUCACCCAAAUUAUUGAAGGUAAUGCAGCCAUUGUGCUGCGCAGUCGCUUGAAAGUGUGUGUGCACCGGGAGAGGGAAAAGGGCGUCAUUCUGACCAAUGGCGAAGUGGACAGUAGCCACAAAGCCACAAACUAUCAGGUUCUGAACGAAGUGGUGGUGGACAGAGGCCCCUCCUCCUAUCUUUCUAACGUGGACCUCUUCCUGGACGGACACCUCAUCACCACGGUGCAGGGGGAUGGUGUGAUUGUGUCCACGCCUACAGGCAGUACAGCAUAUGCAGUGGCCGCGGGAGCCUCCAUGAUACACCCCAACGUGCCAGCCAUCAUGAUCACUCCCAUCUGCCCCCACUCCCUCUCUUUCAGACCCAUCGUGGUGCCGGCCGGAGUCGAGUUGAAGAUAAUGCUGUCACGUGAUGCCAGAAAUACGGCGUGGGUGUCGUUCGACGGGCGACGCCGACAGGAGAUCUGUCACGGAGACAGUAUUGCCAUCACAACUUCCUGCUUCCCUGUUCCUUGUAUCUGCUUCCGCAACCCGGUCAACGACUGGUUCGAGAGCCUGGCCCAGUGUUUACACUGGAACGUGAGGAAGAAGCAGAACUACCUCAGCUUGGAGGAUGAUGAGUUCUGAGUCUCUUGAGUCUUUAUUUUACCGUCACCUUGCUCUCUUUAACGUUCCCUUUUUUAAUGGUAGAAGGCCUCGAGCUCCAUUGGAAAUACUUCUUACGAAGAAAACCAGCACCGUUUUUUUGUAUAACAUCAGAAAGGGAUGACAGAAGUUUGAAAAGAUGUUAGUCUAAAAAAAGAUUUUGGAAUGGACUUCGGCUCACAGUUGUUACAGGAUCAUCCUUUUUUUUUCUUUGUCAUCCCAAGGCGACAAAUCAAGAUUUCGGGGUGUUCCUGCGCAAACGUGCACAACUUCAAAGCUUAUUAUUAUAAUAUUACACCUAACUGAUGUUGUCUGAUUGGUUUAUUUGUUUUUAACUUACGACCUGCUAAAAACUAUAGAUUCAUUCAUUCUUUCGAGGUGAGGGUGUUGCACUUUAGUGGCCAAAUCUCAUUUUUUUCACAUCUUUCUGAAUUUGUGUAAGAAAGUGAGUCAACAUUGCAAUCUGUGCCUUACAUUAACAUUGACUAUUGACACUGGAAUGAGUGAAAACAAUACUUUUCCAGUUUUACGACACGGCUGUUUUUUGUAAAAACAACAACAAAAAACACCAAUCUUGUCUAUUUUCACAGUAGCCAUUCACACGUAGUUUGUUACUUACAGCGGACAUCACAUGCAGCCUAUUUUUUUAAUGAUAAAUACAGUUUGUUUUUUUAAGACCUCCAAGCCAUAGUGAAAGCAGCCAUGUGGCCUAACCUGAGAUAUCUUGUCGCCACGGCAAAAAUUCCCAGUGAAUGUUGCAUUGGAAUGAAAAGAUGAGCAAAGAGGACCAACUGAGCUCUUAAACGCAAUGUACUGUAUAUAUGUGCCGCUUUAAUAAGAUGUAUUUUGUAAAAUGUGUUUUAUUAACCUGUUUACAAUGUAUCAUGGGGAAAAUAAAUCUGUUUGGUACUUUUUUUUUUUUUU